CCCGGCGUCCCGGGGUCUCGGGGGCCGCGGCAAGCAGGGCCAUGGGGGCGAGCGCGGAGGUGGCGAGGUGCGCAGCGAGCUCCUGGAGCGACGCGGCCGAGGCGGCGCAAAGUUAGCCCGGCGCCCCGGGACGAGAGCCGCAGCCUGGGCCAUGGGCGAACACCCCAGCCCCGGCCCCGCAGUGGCCGCUUGCGCCGAGGCGGAGCGCAUCGAAGAGCUGGAGCCCGAGGCCGAGGAGCGGCUGCCCGCCGCGCCAGAAGACCACUGGAAAGUCCUGUUUGAAAAGUUUGACCCCGGGAGCACCGGCUAUAUCAGCACAGGAAAAUUCCGGAGCCUCCUGGAGAGCCACAGCUCUAAGCUGGACCCACACAAAAAGGAGGUGCUGCUAGCUCUUGCUGACAGCCAUGCAGACGGGCAGAUCUGCUACCAGGACUUUGUCAACCUGAUGAGCAACAAGCGUUCCAACAGCUUCCGCCAGGCCAUCCUUCAGGGCAACCGCAGGCUGAGCAGCAAGGCCCUGCUGGAGGAGAAGGGGUUGAGCCUGUCCCAGCGGCUCAUCCGCCACGUGGCCUACGAGACCCUGCCCCGAGAGAUUGACCGCAAGUGGUACUACGACAGCUAUACCUGCUGCCCCCCGCCCUGGCUCAUGAUCACAGUCACCCUGCUGGAGGUUGCCCUUUUUCUGUACAAUGGCGUUCUACUGGAUCAGUUUGUGCUGCAGGUGACGCACCCUCGGUACCUGAAGAACUCGCUGGUUUACCACCCGCAGCUCCGUGCACAGGCUUGGCGCUAUGUGACAUACAUCUUUAUGCAUGCAGGGGUAGAGCACCUAGGACUCAAUGUGGUGCUGCAGCUGCUGGUGGGGGUGCCGCUGGAGAUGGUGCAUGGAGCCACCCGAAUCGGGCUUGUCUAUGCGGCUGGCGUUGUGGCAGGCUCCUUGGCUGUGUCUGUGGCUGACAUGACUGCACCCGUUGUGGGCUCUUCCGGAGGAGUCUAUGCGCUCGUCUCGGCCCAUUUAGCCAACAUUGUCAUGAACUGGUCAGGCAUGAAGUGCCAGUUCAAGCUGCUGCGGAUGGCUGUGGCCUUGAUCUGUAUGAGUAUGGAGUUCGGGAGGGCUGUGUGGCUCCGCUUCCACCCAUCGGCUUAUCCCCCAUGCCCCCACCCAAGCUUCGUGGCGCACUUGGGUGGUGUGGCCGUGGGCAUCACCCUGGGUGUGGUGGUCCUAAGGAACUAUGAGCAGAGACUGCAGGACCAAUCGCUGUGGUGGAUUUUUGUGACCAUGUAUACCAUCUUCGUGCUGUUUGCUGUCUUCUGGAACAUCUUUGCCUAUACACUACUGGACUUGAAGCUGCCACCGCCCCCGUAAGAGACUGGAGGACCAAGGCAGGGAAGGGAAGAAGCAGAAGCAUCCAGAGGAAGUACCUGCAUCUGUUUUUCGUCACCAGUUCGGCAAGACUUGGGGAGCAGGAGACUCUCGGGGCUGGGAUGUAUGUGUUUCAAUGUUGAAGGAUGGGGGGGGGAAUGGAUGCUGCUGCUGUUUUCCUAAGCUGAUCUGGGGUGGGGGGAAAGUCUGGGGUAGGAUGAGAGUAGCUGAUCCAUGAGCUCCCCUCUCACUGCCACAAGUAGCCUUCUUCCUGGUCUUUCACCUGGAGAGACACUGGGACACAGAAGUUCUGAGGGCAGCCGCAGCCAGGCAUGCCUUCCUCAGCCAGGAGGUACUGAGGCUAGGUCAUGUCCUCCCUGCAGCUCAUGGUCUGGUGUUCUGGCAGUAGACGCUUUGAUCUGGGAGAGCCCAGAGCACCCCAGGCUCAGAUCCUGUCAGUGGGUGCAAUAGCAUGGCCCCUAGGACGGGGAGAUGCUAUAUUCUUUUCCUGGGGAUCUGUGAGAGGGCCCAUGCCUGGGACCCUGAAGUUCAUCCCUGGUUCCUCUUGGAAAGGCCCAGGACCAAUUUUCCCUCUUCCUGCCUGUAUUAGUGAAUGCUGGCAUCUCGCACCAUCAUCCUGCAUCCGUGCCCCAUCAUCCUGCAUCCGUGCCCCAUCUGGACUUUGGGGUCUUCCUCUCUACUGCCCUUGCCCUACUUUGUGCCUCUCUUUUGGGUGUGGAGAUAGGGUGUGUGUGUGUGUGUGUGUGUGUGUGUACACAAGUGCGUGUGCAAUGUGAGGCAAGUCAGAACCUGCAGAGGGAGGAAGUAGAGGACAAUGUACACAAGGAUGUCUGUAAGAGAUUGCUGGAAUGGGCAUGCUCAGUGUGCUUGCUCUGUGGCCUUGCUUUUUGCAUAAUUCAUGCCCCUCUUUCCCAUCUGGCCCUCCCAAACACCCCCUAAGCAUCACUGACCAGUGGAAAAAUUGUCCGUGCUAGAGGGAAGACCAGAGCCCCACCAGGACCUCUGGGAGGAAAUGCCAGCUGUGUUCUGGUUCCCUCUGGGGUAGCUUCAUGUCUGUUCUGCCUCCUGUAGAAGAAAGUCUUUGGAAUGAAAGAAAACCUAGGACAGUGAUACCAUGACCAUCUCUCCAGGGAAGCUACAGUAAAAGAUACUUUGGUGAAAACUUUGCCCCAGAGAAGAGCUGCCGGGAGCCUGGGUGAGUGCCAGGGCUGAGAGCAGCUGUAGACUUAGACGGUCACAUCUGGAGGGAAGUUGGACGUGAGAUUGAGGCAAAGGCUUUGUGCUGCCCACAUCCCAGCAGCCUCAGGAGUUUGGCAAGACGCGCAGUGCCUCUGCCCCUCCAAGACAGUCUGCUCAGGCUGGCACUAGGAGCUGCUGGAAGCCCUAAGUGGAGACUGUGAGACAAAUGACCUUUAUAUCAGCUCCUGGGAGUCCAGGCUGAGGAACCACAGACCUGGGAAGUGAGGGGCAGGACAUGCAGGAGCAAGGUCAGGAGGAUGGGAACUGCUCCUGGGUCCCCUCACCAUUCCAGCAACUUUCCCCAGCUGGUCUCCAUUCUCCCGAGUCCCUCACCCCGACCCCUCCAGUGUGGCUGCCAGCAGAGCUGGGACUCAGGGCACCGUCACUCUUCAUGGUGGCUGUAGGUUGGCCUCAAAGGCUGGGGAAUCCCCAGACAACAACUAUGUAGACUCGCUUGCUUUUAAAGGGGAGGAGUCAUGGAAGCCAGGGAAGGGAAACCAGGCCUUCAAAGAAGAGAAAUUUCACUUUAAUGGCACCAUUCAUCACUCAUUUUUUAAUUAGGAAAAGCUCCCUAAUGGGCCUCUUUUGACGCUCGGUUUCCAAGCGAACCAUUCUUGCCUAGAGCAUCAGCGGAGGUAUUGCUCACCGAACCCAGAUCUUCCUCGAGUGUCCAAUUCAGUUUGCAGAUAAUGAGGAUUACCCAGUGCUGUGUGCUUCCCAGGGCUGGCUGCAAAGCGUUGACUCUCCUCUGCCUUAAAAACCGUGCCCGACAGUGAGCUGCCCUCCAAGGACUACGUAAGUGAAAACCAAUCCACUAGCCGCAAUGUUGGUUUCUAAAUAUUUUUGUAUUGUGUACAUUCUGUAUAUUUUUGUUGUAACAUAUGAUUUGAGCACAGAUUCCAUUAAAGAUUUUUUUAAAGCCAUUGGUUAUUCAGGAAGUGACUACAAGAGCUGCCAUGGAACUGUU